AGAAGUUUUGACAGAAGUUCAUCUUUCUCGCUCUUACAGUCCCACAUCCCGUUUCCUCAUCCGUCAAGCGUGGCUAAUCAAGGCACGAAAAGAAAAAUGAGCAGCUCGGAGGAGGUAUCCUGGAUUUCAUGGUUCUGCACACUGCGGGGCAAUGAAUUUUUCUGUGAGGUGGACGAAGACUACAUAAAUGAUAAAUUUAACUUGACUGGCCUCAACGAGCAGGUGCCGCAUUACAGGCAAGCCCUGGACAUGAUCUUGGAUCUUGAGCCAGGAAUAGUAGCAAAAAUGCGAAUCACGGGUCAGAACGUUUUAUAUUUUUCACAAUUAACAGUAUAUUCUGUCUAUUAUUCUCCGGCAGGGCUGUCCGACGUGCCAGGCGAGGCGAUGGUGAAGCUGUACUGCCCGCGCUGCAUGGACGUUUACACGCCCAAGUCGUCGCGGCACCACCACACGGACGGCGCCUACUUCGGCACCGGCUUCCCGCACAUGGUGUUCAUGGUGCACCCGGAGUACCGCCCCAAGCGCCCCGCCUCGCAGUUCGUGCCUAGACUGUACGGCUUCAAGAUCCACCCGCUCGCGUACCAGAUUCAACAGCAGGCGGCGGCGAGCUUCAAGGCGCCACUGCGGAGUGUCUCGUACAACAACGAAACGAAGACUUCCAGUAACAUUCCAAAAUGAUUAUAUACCCGCCGAGUGCGUCCCCAGGGCACUGCCCUGCCGCCGACUGCCCGCCGGCCGCGCCGCGGUACUAAUACAAGCUAUCUCGACCUGUAACUUUAACUAAUUAAUAAUAAUAUAAUAUAUUUAUUAAACAAUUACUCCUUAUUUAGACAGCUAAUCAAUUAAAGAGUUAUGUUUCAAAUUCAAUAAAGUUUAUUUUUACGUUUUCUGUAAUAUGCUUUUCAUUUGAUUUUUUGCCUAAAUUACAUGUAGAGUAUAAAACAUUCUUAAAUUACAUUUUACUUAUACAUUAAUUAUUUUAUUUAGCCAACAUCACAUUGUUUGUUGGCAUGA